UCAAAUAAAACCGUUUUUCAUCGUGUUUGAGUCCUUUCCGAAGUCGUAUUUCAUGAAUCCUCAGAUGUCCGAGCCCACAGCCCGGUCCGUGGAGGCAUCAUUUGUUCCCAAGGUGACGUCAUGCUGGGGCUGGGCUGGGAGAGGAAGGGAAAUAUGUAACUUAACGGUUUAAAGAGACGCUUCACCCGGCCGCAACAUCCUCCAGACAGACUCCGUUCACCAGCGGAGACCGAGUGAGCUUCCGCAACAACCUGUUACACAAAUGUCCGCUUCAAUGUAGCUUCAAUAUCAGUUCCCUUCCAUCACAUUGGGACUUAAUGGGGCGAUGGGGAAGGCCUAGCCCCCCACCGUGAUCAGGCCAGAACCCCCCCCUCCCCCUCCCACCCUGAACCCCAAAGCAGGAGCCAUGAGCACAUCAGGGAAGGUCAGCGGGCUCAAACCCCCGAGCAAAAUAAUCCGUCCAUCUGGGGGGUCGUCCAAGACGUCCCCGUCCUCCGGCGCCCCGAAGCCGGUUCCUCCAGAGAACCCCCCCGUCCAGGCCGCCUCCCCGACCCAGGACGGGGGCGCCGACUUCCAGCCGGGCGAGCGGGUCUGGGUCAACGGCAGCAAGCCCGGCCAGGUGCGCUUCGUGGGGGCCACGCAGUUCGCCCCGGGUCAGUGGGCGGGGGUCGUGCUGGACGAGCCCAUCGGGAAGAACGACGGGUCCGUGGCGGGCGUCCGCUACUUCCAGUGCGAGGACGGGAGGGGGAUAUUCACCCGGCCCUCCAAGCUGUCCAAGACGGCGCUGCCGGAGGCGGAGACCAACGGGGGGCGUGCCAGCCCGGGGGCGGCGGGGGCCCCCCCCACGAGCGAGCCCGAGCCCGCCGGCUCCACCUGUGCAGCGGCGGCGGGGGGCAUGAAGACGAGCGCCGCUCUGAACCGAAUGCUCACGUCCAGCGAGUCGGUGUCCAACGACACCGAGUCCAUGAAGAAGAAGCGGGAGCUGAGGCUGGGAGACCGCGUGCUGGUGGGCGGCAACAAGGCCGGCGUGGUGCGCUUCCUCGGGGAGACGGACUUCGCCAAGGGAGGCUGGUGCGGCGUGGAGCUGGACGAACCGCUCGGCAAGAACGACGGCGCCGUGGCGGGGACCAGGUACUUCCAGUGCACGUCCCGGUACGGCCUGUUCGCUCCGGCGCACAAGGUGACGCGCAUCGGCUUCCCGUGCACCACGCCGACCAAGGCCAAGAACUCGCGCAGGAUGUCGGCCCUCAAGAGGAGCCCCAGCGCCUCCUCCAUCAGCUCGCUCAGCUCCGCCACCUCCUCCAUCAGCGGCAAGCCCAGCCGGGCGGGACUGCUGACGGAGACGUCCGCUCGCUACGCCCGCAAGAUCUCCGGCACCACGGCGCUGCAGGAGGCGCUGAAGGAGAAGCAGCAGCACAUCGAGCAGCUGCUGGCGGAGCGCGACCUGGAGAGGUGCGAGGUGGCGAAGGCCACCAGCCACGCGGGGGAGGUGCAGCAGGAGAUGGUCCUGCUGAGGAAAGGACGCGAUCAGUACGCGGUGGAGAUGGAGGAGAAGUUGGAUCAGCUGCGCUCGCUGGUGGAGGCGGCCGAUCGGGACAAAGUGGAGCUGCUCAACCAGCUGGAGGAGGAGAAGAGGAGGGUGGAGGACCUGCAGUUCAGUGUGGAGGAGGCCUGCAUCACCAGAGGAGACCUGGAGACGCAGACCAGACUGGAGCAUGCCCACAUUAAGGAGCUCGAGCAGAGCCUGCUCUUUGAAAAGACCAAAGCUGAAAAACUCCAGAGGGAUUUAGAGGACACUAGGGUGGCCACGGUGUCGGAGCGCUCCAGGAUCAUGGAGCUGGAGAGGGAGGUGGCCGACCUGCAGCUCCGGCUGCGGGCGUCCCAGCAGAAGGAGGACGCGGCGUCCCUGUCCCAGCAGCAGAUCAGCCGGCUGAAGGCCCAGGCUCAGGCUCAGGAGAAGAAGAUCAGCGAGCUGAGUGUGGACGCGGAGAGCCGGCAGAAGGAGCUCCAGGCCGCGCGGCGCGAGAAGGACUCGCUGGACCAGCAGCUGGGCGACCUGAGACUGAAGCUGGAGGCCGCCGAGGAGGAGAGCGGCCGGACAGCGAGGACCACGAGAGAGCUGCAGCAGAGCGUCGAGCGGUCGAAGAGCGACGUCCAGACGCUGAGAGACGAGAGUCGGAUCAGAGAGGAGCAGCUGCUGCAGUCCAAAAUAAAGUCUGAGAAGACGUCCCUCUCGCUCGAGAAGCUGACCCAUGAGAAGGAGGCGCUGGAGACGCAGCUGGAGGCUUUAAAGCAGCAGAGCUCCAGAUACCAGGAGGAGCGCAGUGUGUCCGAGGAGAGUCAUCGACUUCAGGUCCUCUGCAAAGAAAUCGAGGAGCUCAACACCUCCCAGAAGCCUCAGCACCUCGACCAGCACACUGAGGACCGUCCCAGUCAGCAGCCGGACAUGAAGACCAGAGGAAGCGUCUCCGGGCCGGCCACCGAGGGGGGGGCAAACCUCCAGAGAUCCACCGCAGACAAAGACCAGGAGCUGGAGUCUCUGAGGAAGGAGAUCGCCGUGCUGCGGGGGGAGAACGCCGUGGCCAAGACGCUGCAGGCGGCUGUGGAGGCGCUGGAGGGAGACAAGGCCAGGCUGCGCAGCCGCGUCCACGGCCUGGAGCAAAGGCUCAUGGGAACGCGGGCGUCGGAGGGAGGAGACCGCGAGGCUCCGCCCUCGUGUGAGGAGGCCAGGAUCGAGCUCUUCCUCAGCGAUGCUUCCGCCGGCGAUGCAGCUAUGGAGCAGCUGAGGGAGGAGAAGGAGUUCGCUGAGGGGCAGAUCAACUUCCUGAACAGCGUGAUCGUGGACCUCCAGCGGAAGAACGAGGAGCUGAAGGUGAAACUGAAGAAGCUCGCGCUGGCCGACUUCAACGGCACCGACGGCUCGUUUGAAGGCGCGUCCAAGCAGACGGAGAAGAAGGCCACGCCGCGCCUCUUCUGCGACAUCUGCGACUGCUUCGACCUCCACGACACGGAGGACUGUCCCACGCAGGCGCAGAGCCCCGACGGCGUGCCGCACACCGCCUACCACGGCAAGCGGGCCGACGAGAGGCCCUACUGCGACAUCUGUGAGGCCUUCGGCCACGCCACCGAGUCCUGCAACGACGACCAGACCUUCUAGAAGCUCCCCCCCCCCUCUCUCUCACCGGCGCUCCCAGAGUUCCUCCAUAUUGUAUUUUUCUACUGUAUUUAUGCACACGUCCGCUCACAUAAACUCCAAAUAUGCUGCUUCGGUGCAAUAUUGAUGUUCAUAACGAGGAAGAAAAGGCGAUCCGUCCUCUGCACUCGUCGUUUUUUAUCGUUUUGUUUCUUAGAAAAUAAGUAUUUGUUAGUUUUUUAAGCACAGUGGAAACGGGACGCAAAGCUUCCCUCUGACUCGCUGCCGUCUGCAGCCAAUCAGAGAGCGUCAGAUUGCAGCCAAUCAGAGAGCGUCAGAGUGUUGGGGCCUCGACAGGUGAGACGCACACAUCUACCAACAAAAUUCAUAAAUCAGACAAAACAUUUAUGACCAUUUAUACUUUAUGUAGUUAUUAAUUCUCUUUUUUGCUGCUUUUGGAGACACAUUUUAACACUAAUUUAUGCAAAAUUCAUUAUUAUACUAUUAAAUGUUUUAUUUCCCAACAGACAAUACAUUUACUAUUUUAAUCACUAUUAAGAAAUGCAUUCUUUAAUAUAUGAUAAUUUUGACGGCUCAAAAUAUUUACUAACAUAACUUUUCUCUCAAUAUCAAACCACUUUAUUCUCUAAAGGUUCUGAGUUUUCUUUAAAUAUUCAAACUUAUUGGCUCUGACACUCUGUCCUUUACGUGAAGUUCUGUCUCGACUUUGGAAAUUGUAGCUUCCGGGUUUCUGCCUUUCGGCCGCAUCUCACUGUCGGUGUACUGCUCAGUGUGUACUUCUACACACAGUGUGUACUUCUACACACAGUGUGUAUCUUUACACAUAAGCUCCCUUAAGCUCUGGAGCUUCGGUGUUUUAGCUUUCACUCUAAGGACGUUUCGUGGGUCUGUUGUGUUACAAUGUGAGAUUUAAUCUGGAUUUCUUUGCUUCUAAAUGGAUCUUCGUUUCUCCUCAGAUGCUCAUGCAGGUUGUUGUAUUAUUGCAUAAACAGUCCCUGUAGCAGGAAGCCUCCACUGACUCAGUCCUGCACUUUCCACUUUAAAAGAUUCAACUCUACGCUUCUAAAAAGAGGUGAUUUCGUUGUGAGGGGGGGGGGGGGGGCAGGUUGUUUGCCACGCCCCUCGCAGAGCGAACGCUUUGCGUUUUGGGAAAUACGCGCUUUACCGUUUUCAUUCUGAAAUUUGCUCGAGAAACGAUGUUCUGAGCGAACAACAAAACACUCAAGUGUCACUUGAGUCCACGUCGGUGGAAGAAUGACAGUCCAGGUGCAUUGUGGGUAACGUAGGCAAAGGUUGGAACCAGAGUGCGUCUUAGUUUUAAUCUGCUGACCCUGAAGACGCGAUGUGACGUAUUAAUGCGAAUAAAUCUACUGACGAGCGCGUUUCCUAAAACGUGGACUGCAGCGAACAUCUGACCUCCUUCGUAAGCACAACUUUGGAUCAUAUUGAAUCUGUAUAUUGUGACAGGUCACGUGACUAACCACUGACACCAGUCUUUGUAAAUACUAAUCAGAGCUUCCUUCUGCCUUUGUGUACCACAUGUUAUUUUUCUGCACCGUUGAUGAGCCCAUUUGUAAAGACUUUGAAACAUUGUGUACUUUAUAAGUGUUGCGUCUAAUUAUUUGUGUAACGUUUUAUAUAAAUGUACCUGUUUCAGCUGAAGGACUGUUUUACAGAUGUUGACGUGGUGUAAAAUGUUUUCUAUGUACCGAAUACUCCUGAACCGUCCAAUAGAAACACUAAGAAACCA